AGCAGAAGCUCCCAGCUCAUUCACUGCCCUUCAGGAAAGGCAGAGAAUAAAAGCUCUCUGACCCCUUUCUGCUUCAAAAAAGCCCCUAGAGCUCGCGGGCAGCCUGCUGGCCGCUCCCUUCCCACGCCUGGACCAUGCCCCGCUGCGUCCUCCGGCGCGGCCACAGGCGAGGACUUGCUAUCUGCAGCUGAGAGCUAAAACUUUUUUGACUUUUCUUCUCCCCAACAACUGAACCAUGCCAUGUGCUCAGAGGAGCUGGCUGGCAAAGCUCUCGAUGGUGGCUCAGCUUCUUAACUUUGGGGCUUUUGGCCAUGGGAGACAAGCUCUGCCCGGCCCGGUUCGCUUCCCAGACCCGAGGCAAGAACAUUUUAUCAAGGCCCUGCCAGAGUACCAUGUGGUGGGACCAGUUCAAGUAGACGCCAGCGGACAUUUUCUGUCUUACGGACUGCAUCAUCCUGUCACCAGUGGCAGGAGAAGGAGAGAUGUGGGUGGUGCUGAGGACCAGGUGUACUAUAGAAUUCCACAUGAAGACAAGGACCUGUUUUUCAAUUUGACAGUCAAUAGGGAGUUUAUGGCCAAUGGCUAUGUGGUGGAGAGGCGAUAUGGGAACCUUUCCCAGGUUAAGAUGGUGACUUCCUCAGGCUCACCCUGCCAUCUCAGGGGCACAGUUCUGCAGCAGGGCACCACGAUCGGGACAGCAGCCCUCAGUGCCUGUCAAGGACUGACUGGAGUUUUCCACCUACCACAUGGAGACUUUUUCAUUGAGCCUGUUAAAAAGCAUCCGCUGACUGAGGAAGGGUACCACCCUCACGUCGUGUACAGGAGUCCAGAGACAAAGGAGCCCACCUGCGGAUUAAAGGACAGUUAGGUAACUCUGAGAAGCUAGAGCUACAGCGAGAGAAGUGGGAGAGAAAAAGCUGGCCAAGAAGGAGCCUCUCCCGGCCGCGCUCCAUAAGCAAGGACAGAGUGGUUGGAGACACUCGUGGUGGCUGACACCAAGAUGAUUGGUACCACGGAAGUGAGAACGUGGAGUCCUUACAUCC